AGGAAAUAUUCACACACGUGCAUAAAUAUAAAUAAAUAUCUCCUAAUUUUUCUUAAUGUCAGACAUUGAAUGCCAGUCUCCGUCGUGAUAAAGGUUAGUAACACAUUUUAUCCCUGAAUAUAGUAUUUUAUAAAUAUAUCAGAUUGAUAAAAAAAAAAAAACUGAACCAAAAAUUAGUUCAACUUCAGAGAGAAAAUACUGGGGCAGUUAAAAGGUUGUAGAAAUAUCAGCAGGCACAACUCCUUCUCAAACCCAUCACUGCAGUCUGUCAAAUCCUGCACAAAAUACAAGCUGUGAAAUUCACUUCUACAUUUUUGCUCCAAUUGCUGCAGUAAAUGUGUGGCAAAACAUAUUUACACAGUGUGACAGUGUGAAGUCAGCUUGUGUAAGAGUUGAAAAUAAUAACAUUAAUAUGCAGAUUUAGCAUCUUUCAGUGGAUUUUGAAUUUACUGCUUUAUUUUUCAUCACUUUAUUGAGACAUUUUAUUUCAAUAGAUACAUUCUUUCUUAUGUUUGCACUAUUUUAUUUUUAUUGUUUGGUUUAGUGGAACCUCCUUUGUUAACCAUGGAACAUGGACUACAUCUCAUUUCAUGUGUUUUUUUUAUACCAAGUAUUAAGUAAGCAUUUUUGUAUACCAAGGUACUAUCGGUCUUGCCUAUACAUAUAUUACUAUGUAAUACAUUUUCAAAGUAUUGAUCCGGUUUGCUGAAAGCUGAAGUAGCCAACAGGCUCUCUGGGCAAACAUUCAUACUGCAGACUAAUAGAUGACUGGUGCAGAAAAAGCUUUCAGUCUUUGUCCACAUCAUCAUCAUCAUCAUCAUCAUCUUCAUCAGUUAAUGAUUGGAACUUUAAAAAAAGAAUUCCUUUGUGUCAUUGUGAUGUCAUUAUGAUGCAACAUUCUACAACUGUUGAAAUCAAACCACCAAACAAUUUUAGCUUCACUCAGAAAUUCAGCUACUGUCAACGACUAUCAGCGACUACGAUAACUGGAGUGAAUAACCAUCAACUACAAUCAUCUACAGCCGACUACAUCAGUCUCUCUGUCCAGUCAUCAUGGAAAGAAGAUAUAACUUGAGAACCAGGGCAUCUGGUAGAGUGCAGACAGGCAACACUACCCAACAUUUCAGGCCACAGCAGUAUGCUCCACCUGCAGGGGUGCCUCCCAGCUCGGAUGUGCACUCGCUCAGACAAGCUCUUCUUUCCGCUGAAGAAGACAAUCUGAAGCUGUCUUACGAAAACGCUGCCAUGAGGCAGCAGAUUUCCGACCUGCAGGAAGGAAACAGAAAACUGAUGAAUGAAAAUAGCUGCUUACAGAGGACGUUGGGGAGAAAGCUGCACAUGGCCAAACAGAACAUCAACAGGCUGGAAAUGGCUUUAGAGGCCACGAUGGCAGGCCAGGAUGAGUGCAAGAAGAGAGAGGAAACUAUCAGAGAGAACGAAAAGGAAAUCUCUUCACUUCGAGAGAGUAUCCACGCACAGAAGGAGGAGACAGAAAGAAUCAGAGAUUUCUGGAUGAAGGAAUGUGACAAGACGAGGGCUACUUUUGAGAGCGAACUGAAAACAGUCAAGUCAGUGUGCGACACCCAGCGGAGCACCGACCUGCAGCGAAUGCAAACUGACUGUCAGAGGAAGGUGAGCCAGCUGCAAGAGCAGAACACUGAGCAAGACAAAGUGAUCAGCUCCAGCAGAGAUGAAAUUAAGGCUCGCACAGAGGAGCAUUUCAUCGUAUCGUCCCAGCUCAGCCUCAAACAGACUGAACUGGACCAGAGCAUCAACAAGUGCAAUGCUCUGGACGAGGAGUUCAAGAAGGUGCUGGAUGAGAGGGAGGAGAGCUGGGAGAGGAGACUGAAGGAGAUGGAGAAGCUGUGGCUGGAAAAAGAAGAUGCCCUGAUGAAAAAGGCGAGCAAAGCAGAGGAGGAACUAAAGCUUGUGAUUAUUAAAAACAUCCAUCUUCAGGAGCUUGUCCUUAAAAAGAACAAGGAGAAGAAGGGGAAGAAGCAAGGCUUCUGGGUUAAAAAGAAGCAGAAAAACAAGUGGGUGGAGGAGGAAGGACAGAAGGAGAAAAAGGAGGAGAAACUGGGAUUCUGGAGCUGGGCACGCAAGAAGAAAAGUGACAGUAAAGUGGAGGAAGGUGCUGGACAACAGUAAACCAUCCAUCCCACACCCACCCUGACCCUAACCCCCCUUCAUUACCCCUCCACUUUCCACCCCAAACAUCCUAAUACCUCCUCACCCCUCCACCUUCCAUUACCCAUCCAUUUGUCUUAUCUUCUUUCUGUAAAUAUUCUAAAUACCUCCUUAAAAUUAAAAAAGUUCAAUUAUGUCUGCUUCUAGACAUCUUUCUGACAAUAAUUUUCAUAUUAAUACAACUGUAUGGAAUUAUACUCCAAGCCCGGCUGUUAUAAAGCACUACUUGUCAGGCUGUUAGGGACAGGCCAGAGUUUAACUCUUGGUGCACAUUUACCAUCAUGUGGAGCGACAGAGGGGCAUACUGCCGGCCACCAGGGGUGAAAUUCUCUUUUCAGGUUGGAUUAAUAAAUAAGAAAAUAAUAUCAUGUUUUAUUCACACUUUUCCUAAGAUGGAAAGUGUACAAAACAGCGUACCUUGCAAAGCUAUUUAACAACUCAGUUGUUUGGGGGGAAACCAGCAAAGAGGUUUCCUAGUUUACAUGCCUUGUAAGCUAGUUUCACACAAGUAUCUGCUGAUAUAUCAGUACCAAUCCCUCUAUAUAAUCUAUGAGCUCAGCUGUUAAUAAGCCACUCAUAUGCACUUUGGUUAAAAUCGCUACAUAAUGCUUAAAUGCUCAGAUAUUCUAUUACUCCCAUUACUCCCAUAAUGGACUGUUGUGAGUGAGCCUGCAGCACAGCUUUAUGCACAACAAAACUUGAAUCCAUCUUAUUAAUCACACAAGCUGCACGCACAUUUGGGUAAAACUGUGUAUAAAACUAAUUGCUGCAAAGUUUUUCCAAGCAUUUUGAAGGGAAUUCACAAAUUUGAUCAUACAGAUGUCAUACAGCCUUAUUCAGAUAUCAGUUGGUGGAGUAUAGUGAGGCUCGAGAUCACCAGCGAGGACAAACUCUCUCUGAGAAGAAAAAAGAAAUGGUCAUAGGAAAUUUUUGCUCCAAUGGGACAGUACAGGGGAUUCUCAGCUUGCCAGAGGGGCAUUUGGGGGUCUUUUGGAUGAACCUGCAUGAACCCAUGUGCCCCUCUGGUGUGACAUUAGGGCAAAAAUCAAGCAUGAAAGUGGGGUGCACUAGGGCUGACCAUUAUCAUGGAACUCAAAUAGGAAAUGGAGAGGAAAAAAAACGCAAAAGCCCUUCUGAUGGUAAGGAUUUAUUUGUUUUCUCUCAUAUGAAUGCCAUCCAUAACUACAAUCACACAGAGUAUUCAAGUUGGGAGUUACACCCUGAACUCUCAGUAAGAUGUACAGAAGACAGUUUGUUCACAUGAAAAGCUGCAACAGAGCAAUUCCUAAAGACAAACAUUAUUUAAAACACUUCACUGCAACUUGUGCUCAGAAACGUCAAAUCACUCCCCCCCCACUGAUUUCAUCUAAAUGAAACAAGCACAUGUUUAUACUGAAUUGGCUUCUACAGUUAUUUGAAAGUUACAUUUGUAAAAUUCACUUUGUUUUUUUUUUUGCAUAAACCUAAGAAGGACACCCUACUGUAAAAUGUAAACUUUCAUGUCAGAGUGCAAAUAGUUUAAAGCCAUUUUAAGAUAAUACAGAAAGUAUUGAUAGGGGAAAAGAAAAUCCAUCAGGAAAAGGGGAAAAUAUCAAAGUCUGUGUGUGUUUACAUCUUCCACAUUAU